AGAUUCGAAGCAUAACAAAAUGUUUGUGUGCUCGGUCGAGUGGUGGUCUGCGGUUGAUAAGAAAUUACCAACGGCAGACUCUCCAUUGGUAGCUAUUUGGAGAACGACCCUUCUUCAAUCCGCACCAGACAUCCGUCGAAGGACACGUGCAAACUCGCAUUUAGUGAUAGACGCGGCAUAUGCCGUGUGCUUAACCGGUUUGGUUCAUCGAUCAGAAGUGAAGGAAGUUUAGUUAGGGACAACCCUCGAGUAAGUCUUACCAUGUGUUCUCCUGGUUCCUGGAGUUUAAUAAUAAUUGGUAUUCUCGCUAUUUGUUGCGCAUGGAAAACUGGAUUCCUCUCGUGGCCGCGUUCUAGUGUCAGAGCUACGGCGUCGAUAAGAUUAGAUCUUAGCUUGCCCUCCACGGCUCUAUCGAUCAAUCAGCAUAUCUUCAAUUCGACCUCGGCUGGAAGAACGAAUGAUAAAAAUCGUAAAAAAUAUCGUGGCACGGUAUCGAGAUAUAUGCUUAGACUUUACCAUUUACGUCCGGAACAUGACGUCGUCAGGGCACUCCAACCGAUUCACGUUUCGGCACCUGUCACCGAUGGAGGACGGAUCGUCGAGUUUUCUGUACCGUUCGUUGAUUCUCAGGAAACCUUGGAAACCGCAGAAUUGCUCGGUACAGCAGGGACUAUAUUUAGAGUAAGGAGCAUAGACGAGUUUUCGAGACAGACGACUCGAGAAAAAAUGUCAAGGUCAAGAAGGGACGAGGCUUGGAGAGCCUUCAACGUUACAUCAGCGGUCGCUAAAAGAAACGGGAAUCUUGUUAGACUACAUGUACACGGAAGAGUGUCUUACAGGCCAAGAGCGGACGGACCAAUCUUGUUGUUGAGUUACAGGAAACCAAAAAGAAGGAAGAGGUAUCGUCGUUCUACGUCCUUGGAAAAGGAUGAUAACGAGGAUAAUAUACAUUGGGAGGACGAUGGUAUUCGACGAAGACGUAGAAACUCAUGCAAAAAGCGUCCGCUUUACGUCGAUUUCGCUUUGAUCGCUUACGACGAAUGGGUCGUGGCACCGCCAGGAUACGAAGCGUAUCAAUGCGCUGGAAAGUGUUAUUACCCGUUCGGUGAUCAUCUCAGUCCGACGAAACACGCCAUAGUUCAAACGCUCGUUCACGGUGCUCUUCAACGUACCGAAAGUAUAAAUGGUAAUAAACCUGUCGGAAGAGCGUGUUGCGUUCCAACGAGAUUGGCACCCACGAGUUUGCUCUAUCUCGAUUCGACUGGUACUUUGACGUAUCAGUACGGUUACGAAGAUAUGGUGGUAGCGGAAUGUGGUUGUCGGUGAUCAUCGUAUUAGUCGUUUUU